UAUUCUUGGCAUAAAUCAAUAAUUUCUAUGCGUUAGUAUAAUAAAUGCGUACGUUGUACGGUUCCUUUCCCUUCUCUUGGCCGGAGCUAUCGAGAGUGAGAGAAGUCCUGGAACGGACUCUUGCCUCCUCGGUUCGUCGCAGAGAAUCUAUUAAAUUGAUAUAUAAAGCAGGAUGGAUAAGAAUGAAGACUCUGGUAGCCCUGGAUGGGGUGCUUCAUUUUUUAUGCAAACAACUGAAGAUGUUGCAAGAGCAUUUUUGGCUGCUGCUUCAGGUGCAACUGUUCGAUCAACACGUCCAUCUGUAGUUUUCUCAUCCAGAGAUGAUAACAGCAACAGCCAACUUCAAAAACUGCAAAGUCAGGUCACAAAAGUCUUGAAAGGUUUCUCACCUCCACCUGAAGUCAAAGGAGCUUACAACCCAGAAGUUCUUACCAGCCAAAAGCGUCAAUGGUCAAGAUUUCAGUUGCAAUCACUGGAUCAGAGACCUGUGAAAGAACCAUCAAGGGUUUUUGAGAGCAUGGUAGCUGUUGGACUCCAUCCUAAUGUUGAUGUCCAAGCACUUCAAAAGCUGGUAUUGGAGAGGAACAAUGAAGAUUCAAAGAAAAAAAGAAGUUUGCUGAAUUACAAUCUCCAAGUUCGAGCUGAACCAAAUCUUGAACCACAGGUGCUAUUUGUAUAUCCUCCAGAAAAGCAGCUGCCACUCAAAUAUAAGGACCUCCUUUCUUUCUGCUUUCCUGGAGGUGUGGAGGUUCGUGCUGUAGAAAGAACUCCCUCACUAAGUGAGCUGAAUGAAAUACUUCUUGGGCAGGAACAGCUAAAGCAAAAUGACCAGUCUUUUGUAUUCCGUUUACAGGUGGCUGAUGAUUCAACCUUCUAUGGAUGCUGUGUAUUAGUUGAUGAAAUGGUACAGAAACCUUCAAAUUUAGUUUCCAUGCUUAUAGGUGAGCAAAGCUUCUCUCCAUCCUUAAGCCGCCACAUAAUAACCACAUCUCGAUGCUAUUGCAUUCUAUCAAGGCUUCCAUUCUUUGAGCUUCAUUUCGGUAUAUUGAGAAGCAUCUUCAUUGAAGAAAGGUUCGAAUGGCUAACAAAAGGCAUCGACAUGCUAAAUUUGCUGUCACUGAAAGAAACUUCUGAUGAAGACAACACUUAUGAUAAAACCAAUAGUUCGGUACAGGAACGGUACUUCACCAAGGAUGCAACAAAUUUGAUGAAAUGUUCUGAUUUAAGUACAGAAGUUUCUACCCCUAAGAAAAUAUCUGAUAAUGGGAAACCUGUAGAUAACCAGCUCCAUCAAGUGAACUUGAAUUCUGAGGAAGUCAUCCAGAGAAACCCCACCUUUCAAGUCAAUCAAGAAAUAACAGAUUUUGUAACUGAAGAAGAAUCCAGAGAUGUCAGUCAAGAUAACCAUGAUAACUCUGUUGAUGAGGUCAUGAAAAACAGGCAAUCUGAAAGGCGUUUUCCAGAUGGCGUUUUGCCACUUUUGCGGUGUGGCCUGCAUGAAAGCUCUGAAUCCUCUGCCAGUUUCCAAGGUUCUCCAAGUGAUGACAGAAAUUUUAGGAGUGAUAUGGAUGAAGUAGAGCUCGAAGAGCCAUCUUCAUCUGGUCUGGAAGAUUCCAGUGGGCAUGGUGAUAUCCUUGAAUGGGCCAAGGCGAAUGGUCAUGGAUCUUUACAGAUAAUUUGUGAAUAUUAUCAGUUACAUUGCCCUGCUAGGGGUUCGAAGCUUACCUUCCAGCCCUUGGAGCACUUGCAUCCAUUGGAGUUUCACAGGCCUGGUGAAACAGUUCUUCAUAUUGCUGACUCCACUGUUGAUCUUAGAUCUUGCAACACAAGCUUAGAAGUGGCUGAGGCACACGGCGCACUGUUAGCUGAGGAGGAGGCUAUUGCUUUGUCUAUAUGGACAAUUGCAUGCAUAUGUGGGUGCCUGAGGCUUGAAAAUAUAAUAACGAUGUUUGCUGGAGCACUUUUGGAGAAACAAAUUGUUAUUGUUUGCUCUAAUUUGGGAAUCUUAUCUGCUGCAGUUUUAUCAAUUGUACCACUAAUACGUCCCUAUCAGUGGCAAAGCCUACUAAUGCCGUUUACAUACAUAAUCCAGAUUUUGCCAAAUGACAUGCUGGACUUUUUGGAUGCGCCUGUUCCAUACAUAGUUGGCAUAAAAAACAAGACUGCUGACAUACAACCGAAGUUAGCUAAUGCCAUUCUCAUUGAUGCUAACAAGAACCAGGUGAGGUCACCCUCGAUGCCACAGUUGCCCCGACAAAGAGAGUUGCUGGCAUCUCUUGGUCCAUAUCAUGCAAGGCUUGUGGGUGAAAGCUUUCUAGCAAGAAAAAGACCAGUUUAUGAGUGCACAGAUGUCCAGGUCGAAGCUGCUAAAGGUUUCUUAGCAGUUCUUAGAUCCUAUCUAGAUUCUCUAUGCUCCAACCUAAGAUCUCAUACAAUCACAAAUGUGCAAUCAAAUAAUGACAAGGUUUCAUUACUUUUAAAAGAAAGUUUUAUUGAAUCUUUUCCAAAUCGUGACAGAUCCUUUAUGAAGCUUUUUGUGGAUACCCAGCUUUUCUCUGUGCAUACAGACCUUGUUCUUUCUUUCUACCAAAAGGACUAGAGCUGAUGUGGGAGGUUCUGGUAACUGAGGUACCAGGAGGAGGUCAUGAAAGCAAUCCAUGUUUUUUGUUUCUUCAUCUUGCUGCCUUCAUAUCCCAGUCAGCUUAAUAUCAAAUUUAGGUCUCUGUAUUUUUCUCACCUCUGUUGUAAAAUAACAAAUUGAUCAAAUGAUAUAUUUUUAAUUCUAUUUUAAUAGUUGAAAUUACCAAGUCUGAAAGAAAAUUUGUGCUUUCAGAUGGGUCAAAGAUAAAGCUGCACAUCAGAUGCAUCUCUUCAUGUUUUCCAUGCAUCUAUUACUACUUUGAAAAUGCUCCACGUUUUCUAGUACUAAUUAAUUCUUCCACUCCUAAGAAGGUGACAACUAAAAAUCUCAGACCGAAAUUUGCAGCCAGUUAGAAGUGUAAACUCUCUGAAAGUUCAUAAAUAUAGUCACAUUGAUUUAAUCUUAACUAUUUCUGGAAUGGCGUAACAAUUUAGAAUUUAUGAACCCUGCCUAGAUUGAUGACAUAAUCACAUACUGAAAAGUUUUUAUUUCCAUCAUGGAGGAAAUCACUGGAUUUUUGGUCUUUAGAUUCAAGAGCUUUUGUGUCCGCAUGCUGGUUAUAAAGGUUAACAGGACCUCAUAAUUAUAUGUAUUCUUUCUAGGGGUAUAGUUUUAUGCAGGUUUUUGAGAUUUUCCAUGCCUCAGUGGUCAUAUACUAGAAAUUCAUGGAAUGGAUUGAGGUGCAAAACUGUAUGAAAAUUCUGACCUCUCUUCAAGCUCAAGAAUUGCAUGGUUUGGGUGGUUUUAGCUUAUUGUUGCAUUGUACUUAAUUGCUAUAUUAUCUUACUGUUAAUUGAUAGGAGAUUUCAAAGGAACAUGUAUAUUGGAUUUUAAUGACUGGUCCAGUUUUAAUUAAAAAGAAAGUUAAUCUGUCAGUUACCUAUUGAUUAGGCCUCAAGGUCUAUAUCUGUACCAUAAGUCAAAAUGUAAAGAUAGCAAAUGGAAUUUUUAUUUCACAGAUUAUCCA